AUGUGCACGCCACAAUCAACCACCGGCCGCAUCCGGCUGAACGUCGGCGGGCAGGUGUUGGAGACGACGGCCGACAUUCUCACAGGCGCGGGCGAGGGAACCAUGCUGGGCGCCAUGUUGGAACCCUGCUGGAAUGCUGGUGCCGCUGGCGGCGUGCCCGAGCACUUCAUCGACCGCGACCCGGUUUGCUUCGCCUCGCUCCUCGACAUGCUCCGCACGGGGGAGCUCCACGCCCCGGCCGGCGUCCCGGACCGGGUCCUCUUCCGAGAGGCGUCCUACUACGGCCUCCUCGACCGCGUCCGCGCUGCUCGCAUCGGCGAGUUUGACCUCGACAGGGCCCGGUUGGUCACGUCAGUGCCGCCGGGACGGGCGCCAAUGGCCCGCCCGGCAGUCCGCGCGUCCCCGGACGGAGGGUGCUGCGUCACGCACGGCCCCGUCGUGCGGGUUUACAAUUGGAUGCUCGAGGAGCCCCUGCCGAUCUGCCUGACGCCUACCGAGCCGCAAACCAAGGUUUUUGCUAGCUGCAAUUCCAGGGACAGCGGCUACUACGGCAUCGGUGUCUGGGACUGCAUCACCGGCGAGCAUACAGACUCUUUUUUGAACCAGAAUCUUGACUGCGCUCUGGGCACCGCCAGCAAGCUUCAGUGGCUGUCAAGCACCAAUGCGCUAAUGGUGAUCAAGGCGUGCUCACCGGAAGAUUCUUGGUCGUCGUCUUCCAUCACUUUGGUGUAUUUCCGGGAUAUGAGCGUUGUUUGGUCAUGGUGCAGCGGCACCCAGAACAAGGACCACAGGCGCGUUGCCGAUGCCGUUGUGAUGGAGGACGAGAGGUCGGUCUGCUUGAUCAGCCAGAACCAUGAUCUCGGGUUCCUCGACAUCCGUUGCGAGAGCUCUGGUCUGCAGCCUUGGCCGUGGACACCUCAGAGCAAGGUGACAGCCCCGACGUGCUAUCCGAAGCUCGCCGUGCACAGCGGACUGCUCUUAGCGUCCAAGGAUGACACCAUCUCAGUGUAUGGCGGCCCAAAUCAUGACCACCUGAGGCUGGCGUUGCGUGGGAGCCAAGGCGGUGGCGCCAUUGCCGACUUCUCGGUUGGGGGCGACCGUCUCUUCGCGGUACAUCAUGAGGACAACGUGCUGGAUGUCUGGGCGACCCUGCCGCGGCCACCUCCCAUCGCCUAA